CCUCCGAGCACCGCACCAAACGCAAAACCCGGCCUUUGAGCUUUGACCGCCUCCACCACUCCACCGUCCGUCGUCCGUCGUCGUCACCGCGUUCGUCUUGCUUGCAAGAGCGUAGCCGGCAGGGAUUUGGUCGAUGGAUCCGGUGGCCGCGGCGGCGCACGGCGGGGGGCACCACUUCGGGCCGCCGGUGGGGACGUUCCACCCGUUCCACGGCCACUUCCCGGGCCAGCAGCAGCCGCUGCAGCAGCACCCGGCGUUCCAGCAUUUCCAGGACCACCACCAGCAGCUGCUCGGCGGGAUGCUGGCCAAGCAGGAGCUCGUGGACGAGAGCAACACCACCAUCAACAGCGGCGGCAGCAACAACGGCAACAGCGGCGGCGAGGGCGAGCAGCACAUGGGCGGCGGCGGCGGCGGCGGAGGAGGAUCCGCGCAGCAGCAGCACGGGGGCGGCGGAGGAGGCGAGGAGGGGCAGCAGCAGCAGCAGGCGCUGGCGGUGAUGCGGCGGCCCAGGGGCCGACCCGCGGGGUCCAAGAACAAGCCCAAGCCGCCCGUCAUCAUCACGCGGGACAGCGCCAGCGCGCUGCGGGCGCACGUCCUCGAGGUCGCCGCCGGAUGCGACGUCGUCGACUGCGUCGCCGCCUUCGCGCGCCGCCGCCAGGUCGGCGUCUGCGUGCUCAGCGGCACGGGCGCCGUCGCCAACGUCUCCGUCCGCCAGCCCGGCGGUGCCGUCGCCACGCUCGCCGGCUGCUUCGACAUCCUCUCGCUCUCCGGCUCCUUCCUGCCCCCGCCGGCGCCUCCUUCCGCCACGGGGCUCACCGUGUACGUCUCCGGCGGCCAGGGCCAGGUCGUGGGCGGCUCGGUCGCCGGCGCGCUCGUGGCCUCCGGCCCCGUGGUCAUCAUGGCCGCCUCCUUCGGCAACGCCUCCUACGAGCGCCUCCCCCUCGACGACGAAGAGCCAUCCGCAGCGCAGGGCCUCGCGCAGGCGCACUCCUCCCCACCGCCGCUCCCAUUGCCGACACACCAGCUCCAGCAGCAGCAGCAGCCGUCCUCGUCCCUGGCGCAGGCGCCCGACCACCACAUCCCCCACAACCUGAUGAACGGCCUCCAGCAGCUCCCCGGCGACCCCUACGGCUGGACCACCCCGGGCGGCAGCGGCGGCCGCGUCUCGCCCUACUGAUCAUCAACCGAUCCACCGACGCGCAUGGAGGGACGGAAACGAAGCUAAGAGUCCAUCCAUUAUCAACCCCUACCUCCUCUGCUAAUUAUGCUCCUCAUCAAUCAAUCAAUCGAUCUCGAUGCCGUUGUUACUCUUGUUACAGACUGCUUGCAAGUAGCUAGCAAGGGCAUCCAUGGACCAUGGCGAAACAAACUAGUGUUUCUUAAGUAGUGUGUCAAUGUUAAUUCCAUGUUUUUACCUUCCACCCCCUUUUACCCAAUCAAGCAAGCAAUGCAUGCACCAUGUAGGAUCAAUGGAGAGGAAGGGCUUAGUGGUAAUUACAAUCAAGUAGUAGAAGCUUUGUUGGUUCGUUCAUAUCUUAAUCCAUCUGUCUCUAUCUUUGUCCUGAUGCUACAUGCAUGACUAGCUAGCUUUGAACAAACCUGCGUAUUUUAUGGAGGAUGAUGGGUGACUCCCUUGUUGUUUC